AUGAAGUACGAUAUUACUUCUUCGUCAGGAAUGCAGUUAUCUCGGCCAGAAUUCGGCGGAGAGGAAAAUGAGACGGUAAGUUUGGAUUCUUUGAAAAAUUAUUCUUUUUAGUCCUGGGAAACUGGGCUUUCUAAGAUUUGGGGAUUUAUUAAUACAUAUGUCUAUCGAAACUGUCUUACGAAAGAUUGCCUAGGGAGGUUUGAGGGUAUGGGCUGUGAAAUACCUAGUUCCAAUAAAUCACAUACCUUGAUCGUGCAUUUAUUAAUUUAAUAUAUGCCACCAAAAGGAAAUCAAAUUCACGUAAGCAAUAUUCAAAGUUUGGCUAAAAAUGAAGAAGUAGAAUAGAUGCUAUCAAGCAUUGGACCAUUGGCAGAAUGGACACCAAAACGAGAGGGGGAAGUGAAAUUCUCAUGUACGGCUGAGUAUUAUGAUGAGUUUACAGCCAAUAUUGCGGUGGAGACAUUGAAUGGGUAUAAAUUCUAGGGGAGAGAAUUGAAAGUGAAAUUGCAUACAAAUAUAAGCACGUACAAAAUAUUACCUUAUGCUAUCGAGAAAGUCAAUUAUAAAACAUCGAAUACAUAUAGUAUGGGUUUGCCUUUGGAGGAAUUUUACGGCAGUCUGACGAGCGCUAAGAAGUUGGCAAUUGUCAUAGAUUUGAAACAGGCGUUUUAAAAUAGAGAGGAGUUGUUGGAGAAAGUUCUGUUGGAGAAUCCGAGAAUGAGCGAAUUCAUUUUGAAAGUUCAGAAGGAUGUGAUGAAAGAAUUUAAAGCAAAUAAUACUAAUAACAAUGACAUUUCGCAUAAUAGUCACUAUCAACAAUUUCAGAAUCACCAAAGAUAUUGA